ACACAGUUCUUUUGGACGCCGCAGUUACCUAGAAACACGUGCCCACCCGGGGCUGUGUUGGUAACCCCGGUAAACUUCGGGAUUUCAGACUGUUUGCAUAUGGCAUAGUACACGGAAGUCUGCAAUAGGCGGAAUCUAGUCACGUGGUUGAGGUGGAGGGUAAUCGUAAUACACCGAAAUAUAUGGGGUUAAUAGGUGCGUGCUCUUAGUCACCCCGGGGGCUUAUCCUUAUUUGCUGAUAAACGUCCAGCUCUUGAGGAACUAAUAGUCCCAGCAUGACGGAAGCACUUGCAGACACGUAGUGACGAUCUUGCCGUGGUAUCUCCACCCCUGCGGAUAACUACAUAUUGUCUCGUCGAAGAACACUGCUGGUGGUGGUCAGUGCUUUGCUCACGGAAGCUGGAUUUGACAGUGCAGAGAAAGCGGCAGUAGAGACGCUGACUGAGAUGUUACAGAGCUAUCUCACUGAAGUUGGUCGCAGUGCAAAAUCCUACUGUGAACACACUGCCCGUACACAGCCCACUCUACCGGACAUUGUAGUUACUCUGAUAGAAAUGGGAUUCAAUGUGGACACUUUGCCUGCAUAUGCCAAGCGCUCCCAGAGGAUGGUGAUAACUGCACCCCCUGUGACAAAUAAUCCAGUUGUCCCAAAAGCAUUGAUUGCAGGACAGAACAAGCCACAUCCCCAACACAUUCCAGGUCAUCUUCCAGAAUUUCCAGAUCCCCACACAUACAUUAAGACUCCGACUUGUCGUGAACCAGUUGCCGAUUACCAAGUCUUAAGGGAAAAAGCAGCAUCACAGCGUAGGGACGUGGAGAGAGCACUUACUCGAUUUAUGGCUAAGACUGGCGAGACUCAGAGUCUUUUUAAAGAUGAUACAAGCACUUUUCCAUUGAUUGCUGCUCGUCCUCUCUCCAUUCCAUACCUGAAUGCUCUCCUCCCAUCGGAGCUGGAACUACAACAGGUUGAAGAAACUGACUCCUCUGAGCAGGAUGAUCAGACUGAUAAUGAGAACCUCUCUAUGCACCUUCAGGUGGAUGAUUCAGGAGCUGAAAAAGAAAAUUCAUCAGUUCUGCAGCAGAAUUCAGUAAAGGGUGGUGAGGAGACACUGAUAGAUAAUCCUUACUUGCGACCUGUGAAAAAGCCUAAAUUAAGACGUAAAAAGUGACAGCAUUACAAAUGAAAAAGCAAGAUUUUCUGUGGACAAAGACUGUUUCAUUGAAAAAUGUCUAAUAGAGUGUGCCGUUGCUGCUCUUACUACCUCUACCAUUUGCCGUUAGGGAAUCUUAUUAAUUUGGAUGUUUGAGGGAUGGCUGUACUGUAUUGUUAAAAAUUGGUAAUUUCUUUUUCCUGUAAAAUAUAGGAUACUGUCAAAAGAAGAAAUGUUUAAUUGGAGUUGAGCAGUGAUGUUUUCUUUGUAUUUUUAUAUAAAUAUAUGUGCCAAGUUUUGGGCACAUCAUCCAUUGUAUUGUAUUUCAUAAUAAAAAAAAAAAGUAAAAACACAUACUUAUGUGCAAAAUAUUAUGAUGAUCAAAAAUAAUUUCUCUCAAAAGACUGGAGGGAAUGGAGUCCUGUUGUAAUCCAAACACCUGCCCCCUGCUAGAUCACUUAUUAGUAUGUGACUUUUCUCAUUUUUAAAGCAAGAGGCUGAGAGUGAUCAGUGGUGAUAAUGCCUUAAACACAGGUUGUAAGUUUGAUAGUGCCAAGGUUAAAUUAUGUUAACUUCUCUCAUUUGACAGGAAUGGGACUCUGGGUCCAUGGCCUUGAUUGACAUACAGUAUUUCACAUUCAUGAAUCCACCCCUCACAUUUCUGUUAAUCCCUUAAGGACCCGGGGUUUUUCCAUAUUUGCAUUUUCCUCCUUACCUUUAAAAAAUCAUAACUCUUUCAAUUUUUCACCUAAAAAUCCAUAUGAUGGCUUAUUUUUUGCGCCACCAAUUCUACUUUAUAAUUACAUCAAUCAUUUUACUCAAAAAUCUACGGCGAAACGGGAAAAAAAAUCAUUGUGAAACAAAAUUUGAAAAACAAAAAAGGCCAUUAUGUAACUUUUGGGGGCUUCCGUUUCUACACAGUACAUUUUUAGGUAAAAGUGACACAUUCUCUUUAUUCUGUAGGUCCACUUUUGGAAUUUGGAAUUUUUUUUGCGCAUACGCCAUUGACCGUGCGGUUUAAUUAACAAUAUAUUUUUAUAAUUUGGACAUUUCCGCACGCGGCGAUACCACAU